ACCCGAACUUGACUGCGCUCAGGUCCCCGUCUCCCUCGCUGCAGUGUUGACCGCCUGUGACUGAUGAGCGCAACGUUUUGGACUGACCGGGCUAUUUCUCCAACGUACAUUUCCCACGUUUGCGGAGGGUUUCACGAGAGGUCCUCCACCGAGGCGAAGCUGCACACCCGGGUCCAAGAUGUCUGUGGCCGGGCUGAAAAAGCAGUUCCACAAAGCCAGUCAGCUGCUCAGUGAGAAGAUCAGCGGGGCGGAGGGGACCAAGCUGGAUGAAGACUUCAUGGAGAUGGAGAGGAAGAUCGAAGUGACCAACAAGUCCGUGUUCGACCUCUUGUCAAAAACAACGGAAUACCUCCAGCCGAACCCAGCCUCUCGGGCCAAGCUGAACAUGCUGAACACGGUGUCCAAGAUGCGAGGUCAGGUGUCGACCACGGGCUACCCCCAGACCGAAGGCCUGCUGGGAGACUGCAUGCUGCGCUACGGCCACGAGCUGGGGGAGGACUCUGUGUUCGGCUGUGCUCUGGUGGAAAUGGGCGAGGCCAUGAGGCAGAUGGCCGACGUGAAGGACGCCCUGGACAUAAGUGUCAAACAGAACUUCCUCGACCCUCUGCAGAAUCUACAGGACAAGGACCUCAAAGAGAUCACGCACCACCUGAAGAAGAUGGAGGGCCGCCGGUUGGACUUCGACUACAAGAAGAAGCGCCACGGGAGAAUCCCCGACGAGGAGAUCCGGCAGGCCGUGGAGAAGUUCGACGAGAGCAGAGAGCUGGCGGAGAGGAGCAUGUUCAACUUCCUGGAGAAUGACGUGGAGCAGGCGAGACAGCUACUGGCGCUGAUCCAGGCGGCCACAGAGUACCACAGGCAGUCACGUGAGAUCCUGCAGGAGCUCAGUGCAAAGCUGCAGAGGAGGAUAUCCACAGCCAGCAGCCGGCCCAGGAGAGACUUCAACCUGAGGUCCAUCAGGAGCAGCGUGGACUCCAGUCAGCACAACGGCCUGUCCUCCAGCUCCUCGCUCAGACCCGCCGGUACCGCCCCACCGCGUCUCUUCCCUCAGUCACAUGGUUCAUGCUCUCCUUCGCCGUCAAGUCUGUACAUUCUUUUCUUUCUAUUAUCCCAUACAGAUGUCCAGAUCAACCCCGCAGUGAAUGGUAAAACUGUUCAUAUAACAUCUGUCCCACUGUCAUGGCCCGAGAGCCCCACCAUCAAUGGCAGUGUUCAUCCACCGUCAGGUUGCUCAGCUCAGCUGACACGUGUCCCGGUCUCUUCCUGCGGGGCAGCGGGCGAGCUGCUGGACCAGCCGUGCUGCCGCUCCCUCUACGACUUUGAGCCCGAGAACGAGGGCGAGCUGGGCUUCAAGGAGGGCGACGUCAUCAUCCUCACCAACCGCAUCGACGACAACUGGUACGAGGGCAUGAUCAGCGGCGAGUCCGGCUUCUUCCCCGUCAACUACGUGGAGGUCCUCGUCCCCCUGCCCCAGUGAAGCCCGUCCCGGGGGGAGGAGACUGUCUGUCCUCUGGGGCAGUUGUUCUGUCCCGACGAGACUAGGGAUCAAAUGUCACCGGUUGAAUUGUUGUCUCUGUCGAUAUUCACGAACCCAAUAGAGCGACUGAGAACCAAGCGGCACCCGGCCGCCCUGGUGGGGCCCCUUUGGGUCCUCUGGGUGCGGCCAGGGGGGAGAGAUGCCUAAUCCACCCCGCCGUGACCACUACAAACAAAUGACAUGCUUUCAUUGGCUUUAUACAAAAGUAACAUUGUACUCAUUCCAGGGUAUUUUCUGCUCUUCAUGUAGUAACCGCCCCAAAAAAGACAGGGAGGGUGUGUGUGUGGCUGAUGGGUGUCUCGUAUCAUGCUGACAAAGUAGCAGCUAGCUAAAGAGCCUCUAGGGUCAAAGUAUGAACACAGUCAGGUGACCUAGCCUUUAAAGAGUUAUUUGUCGGUUCAGCAGAAAUCAAAGGUUCAAAUGAAUGUAUUUCGUAUAAUCUUUCAAAAUGUCCGUUGAAAUCGUCUUGACAUCCCGAAAGUAACGGAUGAAUCCCAUGCGCCGUCAAAAAGAGAAAAUGUGACACUUGUGGAAGCACUGAAAUGAGCCAAUGAUCCAUGAUGAGGUUCGUAAUGAUCCGACUUUUCACUGGAAUCACUGGACCGGAUGCUUUUCAGGACCCAUCGUUCUCUACUAGAGUUCACGAGAGAGAGCUUAGCAAAAAGCAUCAAUGUGAACUGACCCGUCUUAAAGAAAAAAUGGCCAAAUUUUCUCUCUCCCUAGAAAAACUUGACUUUGUCUGCCACACAGCUGUAAUUGCACAGAUCCUUUUCUAUUUUGUCUUUCAUGUGGUGCGUUGUUCUUUUUGACUGCUUUAUGGUUUCCCUGUUCCCCGUCUCUUGAGAGGCAAAGUUGUUGUGCUAGAGGGGGGGCGGGGUGGAUUUUCAGCAGAAGUAGAUUCCUUUUGAGCUAAAAGGAUUAAAUAUGACUGCUGAAAGCAGACUCCAGACGAUGGCUAGCACUUGUCCUGGUUUCUACUGUUCGCUAAAGGCUAAUAAGGUGUCCUGCUCCUAAGUGGCCAAAGAACAACAGCUAUAAAAGCUGCUUCAAAUAAUCCCUGAUGUAAGCCAUAUUAGUUUCUAACCCAAACCUCCAUCUGUUAUGAUUAGCAGGAGGAGGAGUGAUUAGAAGGUUUAUUUACGGAACCCCGGUGGUAGAAGUGCUACCAAAGACUACCAGCCAUGUUUCAGGAAGGCUCAGCUCAACAGAAGGGUUUAGAUGAUCUGGAUGAAGGACUCGUCUCUCCUCUCCCUCUCUCACUGGGACACGGUGUAAGGACCGUAGCGCCCCCUCCUGGUCAGACUGGGAGGAACGCCUUGUCGCACUGAAACCCAAUGAAAGCGCCUUUUGAAAAUGUCCUCUAAUGCACUGAAGCUUUAGACUCUGCCCAUGUAUAUAGACAUGCACCUUUUAUCUUUGUUCAUAUUUUGUUUCGCUUUUUCGUCAACGUUGCACUUAAUUUUUCACAACAAUGAUAGAAUCACCGCCAUAUAUAUAUAUAUAUAUAUAUAUAUAUA